AAUACGCUCAUCGACGAAUACAUUCCGGAGUCUCUGAAGCUGCUAGGGCCGAAUGGCCGCUUCAUGGAACUGGGCAAGCGGGGCAUCUGGACGCAUGAACAAAUGAAGGAAGCGCGACCUGACGUGCUCUACGAGACAAUCGCAGUAGACACGAUGAUGGAAGAGGACCCCGUGUGGUUUGGGGGGAUGCUCGACCGCAUUAGGGAACGUGUGGAGAGUGGACAGCUCAGCAGCUUGCCUCUGAAGGUGUUCGACAUGGAGGAUCCCGUGGAAGGCGGCGUGGCGGCCUUUCGCUACUUGCAGAGAGCGCAGCACAUUGGCAAGGUCGUCGUCAAGUUUCCAAGUGCAAUUGAGCCAGUAGAAGACGGGGCGAUUGUUAUUACUGGUGGCCUUGGCGCUCUUGGCUUGGUAGUUGCAGGGUGGCUUGCGGAGGAAGGAGCUCGAAACAUCGUUUUGAUAGCGCGUCGAGAGGCGCCGCCUCCCUUUGACAGCGUGCCUGAGUGGAACUGGCUGUCGAAUAUAAACUGCAAGGUGAGUUUCUUUUCGUGUGACGUUUCCAACUAUGAAGAUGUGCGCUCCGUGUUCAAGAAGAUUCAAAAGACUGUAGCGCCAAUUAAGGGGGUCUUUCAUGCGGCAGGGGCUCUUGCGGACUCGCUCUUGGACAGUCAGUCUCUUGAAGGACUUCGCCGCGUCUAUGCUGGCAAGGUGUUUGGAGCGUGGAAUAUCCACAGAGUGUGUGAAGAGCAGGGCAUAGACAAAGACCUUCGGUUCUUCGUACUGUUUUCGUCUAUCACAUCUCUCGUGGGGAACGUCGCACAGGCGAAUUAUGCUUCCGCCAAUGCGUGCCUAGACGCGUUGGCGCAGUGGCGCAGGCGGCGAGGCCUUUGCUGUCAGUCGAUUCAGUGGGGUCCUUGGAUUGAGCAGGGUAUGGCAGUGGAGAUGAGGCAGCAGCUGGCAAGGAACGGCAUGAAAGGCAUAACCAACGAGCUGGGAUUUAGAACACUUCAUGACGUCCUUCUUCACCCCGAAUGCCCUCCCGUUUUAGCCUGCCAAGCCUUCAAAUGGCGAGCGUUCUUCAUUCGAUAUGCAAGCGUCCCUCCGCUCUUUGAAGGGGUGUCACAAGACGCAACAGAUUUGCCAGAGUCCUCUGCAAUGACCAUGAAGCACCUCUCCACAGCGGAGAGGCGCGAGUUCAUCAAAGCGCAAGUUGCUGCAGCUGCGCGUCAGGUCUUGGGGAGCAGCGCGCCUCCUUCUUUCGACAAACCCUUGCAGGAUCUUGGAGUAGAUUCGCUAGGCGCAGUUGAGUUCCGUAACCUGCUAUCCAAAAAGCUCGGCAUGAAGCUCUCCGCAACGACGCUUUUCGACUAUCCCACCCUAAACGCAAUUACCGAAUACGUCAUCGAAGUAACUGGAGAGAGCACGAAGAGCCCUGCCGACGGGGAUGCCGCCUUUCCUCUGGGAAAUAGCAAUGCUGCUCAUGACGGUCUAGCCGUUGUUUCGGUUGCAUGUCGGUUCCCUGGACGCUCCGAUUCGAUGGAAGCUUUGUGGCAGAUGCUCCUUAAUCGAACGGAUUGCAUGAUGGAUAUACCGCUUAGCCGGUGGAACGUGCACGAAAUGUACAGCGAUGACUUUGACCUUCCGGGAAAAGCCUAUGUGAAGCGCGCUGCUUUUAUAGAUAACGUGGAAUACUUCGACAACACGCUGUUCAACAUCACGCCUGCGGAAGUCAAUGCAAUGGAUCCGCAGCAACGUAUCUUGCUGGAGGUGUCCUACGAAAGCUUUGUCUCCGCAGGCUACACAAAGGAGUCCUUGCACAACGCCAACAUUGGCGUGUUUGUUGGCGUUUGCAAUCACGAUUGGGUGUAUCUGAUGUCUGACGGCACGAUUUCUCCGUAUUCGGGAACUGGUUCUGCAGGGUGCAUAAUUGCCAACCGCUCGUCAUACGUGUAUGGCUUGAAGGGGCCCUCGGUGGCUGUUGAUACAGCUUGUUCCUCUUCCCUCGUGGCAGUUGACGUUGCGUUUGAAAAGGUCAUGCGUGGAGACUGCCAGUCGGCCCUUGUUGCGGGUGCGAACCUAAUGCUGACGCCGCAUCUGUUCAUAGCGUUCUGCAAGGCUCGCAUGCUCUCUCCCGAGGGCAAGUGCAAGACUUUCGACGCUGGAGCAGACGGCUAUGCGCGCGGGGAAGGGGUGGCAGCAGCAAUGCUUGUACCACUGAGUGAGGCGCAGGAGUCCAAGAUGGAAGUCCUCGCAGUUGUUCGAAGCACAGCCUGCAAUCACGUGGGCCGGAGUGCGAGUCUUAUGGCUCCGAACGGUCCUAGCCAAGCCGAAGUUAUUCGCACAGCCAUCGCACGCGCAUCCAUCAAACCAGGAGACGUCGCAUUUGUGGAAGCGCAUGGCACAGGCACGGCUUUGGGGGAUCCAAUCGAAGUGCAUGCACUGAAGAGCGUCUUUGCUCAUGGGAGGCCAAAAGACAUGCCCUUAGUUCUAGGCGCUCUAAAGACGAACAUCGGGCAUCUGGAAGGAUCCUCCGGAAUCGCGGGGCUCAUAAAAGCAGUGCUAGUCCUACAAAACAAAACUGCCCCUCCCAACAUCCACUUCAAGAAGCUUAACGAGCAUAUCAACGUGUCUGAGUUUCCCGUCAAGUUUCCCUCCGAUGCGGUCCAGCUGACUGCCAGCGGACCUGCAAAGCGACUCUUUGCGGGCGUCAGCUCUUUCGGAUUUGGAGGAGCCAAUGCACACGUUAUUCUCGAAGAAGUAGCUGCCAACCUCCGCGCAGUCAAAAGACCUGUCAGCAGACAAAAGAUCUGCUUCAUGUUCACUGGUCAGGGCUCGCAGUACGUCAACAUGGGAAAGGUCCUCCAUGAGGAAAACGAAGUUUUCCGAGCGAGUCUGCUCAAGGUAAGCACAAUCGUGGAGGAUCUCUUGGGUAUUUCCAUUACUGAUAUCCUGUACCCCUCUCCUCAGAAGGAAAGCGAAGCACAAAAGCUGCUUGAAAGCAGCACCAUCUCGCAGUUGGCCCUCUUUUCCUUCGAAUACGCACUCGCCGAGCUGUGGAUGUCAAGAAACGUGUUUCCUGACAUGGUGCUUGGCCAUAGCCUUGGAGAGUUUGUAGCAGCUUGCGUAGCGGGGGUAUUUAAGCUGGAGGACGCUCUUCGGCUUGUCGCCAACCGGGCUACAAUUAUGAACGAGACACCGGCCAUGGACGGAGUUAUGGCCGCAGUUCGUGAAACUGAGGAAGAGAGCCAAAAGGCCAUUGACGCAUUUUACGGGGAUAAAGAGAAGAGGACUUCUGUUGCGGUUGUCAACGGCUUGAAGAGUGUGGUGCUUGCAGGGCCUCGAAAGGAUGUCAGUGCGAUUUUGGAGCAAAUGCAUGUCUCCUCAAGGGCCAAGUAUUUGCCUGUGUCUCACGCGUUCCAUUCGCCUUUGAUGCAGCCAUCGUGCGAGCCGUUCAGGAAGGUGGUAGAGCAGGUGCAUCUCCAUGCGCCGCAUAUUGAGAUGGUCUCGACAGUAACGGGACAGAUGUGUGACGAGGAACUAACGCAGCCUAACUAUUGGGUCGAUCAUAUUGUUACGCAAGUCAAGUUCUGUCAGGCCAUCCAACAAUGUGUAGCUUCAGGCGCUACCCUGCUGGUUGAAAUCGGUCCUCGUCCGAUUCUCACCUCGAUGGGAAGAGGCUGUCUCAAGGAUCAUUCAGGCAGCACGCUGCAAUGGAUCAACAUGGUGGAUACCGAAGGAGUUAAGCUGCACACAAUCGACGCCGUCGCUGCUGCCGCAGCGAGAGAUGCGACCCCAACAUCUGUUCUCUUCAACCGAAAGUAUUUCCCAUGGAAGGAUAUUUGCCACCCGUUGCUGGGUCGCAAGAUCAUUGGUGAAGACAAUCGCGUGGAUUUUGUAGGCGGCUUGAGCGAAGAAGCCGAAGCUUUGUUCCUCGACCAUGUUGUGAAAGCACAGCCUAUGCUGCCAGCAACCUCCAUGCUGGAGCUCAUGGCCGUAGCCUCCAGAGAGGUCCUAGACAAAGGUGCAGCGGCCGCUCCCCCGUGCCUGUCCCAGCUCGUUUUUGAAAGGCCGCUCAUCUUCCAAAAGGGGGUAAAAGUAUCCAUUUCUGUCUCGGUAGACGCCCAUGGUCAAGUCCGUUUGAUGAGUACCGCAGAAGCAGACGAAGGCGAGCAGAGGCUCCAUGCACACGCGCAGAUUCUUAAAAGCGCCAUUGUCGAGCUACCCGACAUCGAUACUAGGGCCCUCCUGGAGGCCUGUCCGGAUGAGGUAGACAUGGCGACGGCCUAUGCGGAGUUCCAGAAGGUCGGCCUGUCCUAUGGGCCUCGUUUUCGUACUAUGAAACGCGCGUUCAAAGGUAAGAAUACCGUUGUUGGACUCGUGCAAGCCGUCAGCCCGAAGAAUUUCGAGCGAGGUUUCCGCAUACACCCCGCAGUCAUGGAUGGCGCCUUGCAGCUUUCAGCUAUUCUUCUCUCUGAAGGCCGACGAAGAGCCAUGAUUCCGUUCUCCUUCGAGUCUGUAACGCUGCUAAGCGCGAGUGCCGACAAGGAAAUAUGGUCUAAGGUUACACUUCUCUCUAGGACGCCGACUGCGGCGACAGUGGACGUUCAACUCUUUACAUCCGAUGGCAAAGUGAUCGCUGAUUUCGGCGGAGUAACCUUCCGCCAACUCGACAUUGAGCCUUCCGCGGCGGUUCCGCGAGAUCUACUGUGGAGUGUUGAAUGGAUUGCCUCGUGCAAGCUCGAUGCAAAAACCCCAGCAGAAACGGAGAGUACAAGUCUGGGUCCUCCCUCUUCCUCGGAUAACAGCGAAGCGCACCGUCAUGCAGUUUCUGGAUCUGAGCAAGGUGCCCUAAUUGACGCGCAAAGGGAGAGUUUGGAGCCGCUUUCGACCGAAACCUACACAAUCGCGGAAGAACCUGCAAGGCCGGCGGUCGUGUUUAUCGACUGCACUGGUGAUCACGCGGCCUUGCGCGGCACGUUCUCCGAAAGCGAGGAAACAACGGUUGUAUGGAUCAGCAAGCCCACUGCUGAGGAUCUGACGAAUGUGCUAGUGCAUCCCGUUGCCGCUUCUCCUGUGGCUGCGGAGAAAAUGAUCAUCGUGCUCGCCUUCGCAGAGAAGUCCUCGACGCCUCAAAGCAUGAUUUUGUCGGUUCUCGACAUCCUAAAAGUUCUGGCUGCACAAAAAACGGAUGCGUGUUAUCCCGUGUGGAUUCUAACCUGCGGAGCUCAAGGGCCGAUCUCCGACUGCGUACACCCUCAGAACGCUGGAUUGUGGGGGCUUGCACGGUCUGCCCGCCUAGAGGUAGACUCGAAUGGGGGCUCCCAUUUCAUCGGCUGCGCAGAUGUGGCACCAGGGAUAAGUCUCAGCAGGACAGUCAGCGAGCUUGGGCGGCAGCAUCGCCUGCACCCUGAAGAAUCUGAAAUGCUCAUUCGUCCAUCGGACUCAGAUUCCGAUCUCCAGGUCCUAUUCCCAAGGCUGACGCGCUCGCCGCUGGUUGUAAGGGGUUCUUUGGAGUUGUACAUGCCGGAUCGAGGGGCUGUAACAAAUCUGUGCCUCAGGCCCCAAGCUCCUGUGCAAAGUUGCACGCUCGAGGCGCAUCAGUGCCGUAUUCGUGUGCGGGCAGUCGGACUCAACUUCCGCGAUGUUCUCAACGUCAUGGGUUUAUAUCCUGGCGAUCCAGGGCAGCCAGGGGCGGACUGUGCUGGCACCGUAGUUGCGGUUGGCAGCAACGUGCCGAACCUGCAUAUUGGGGAUCGCGUUUACGGUAUUGCGCAAGGAUGCGUUAAAACCUUCGUUACAGCUUCUGCGGACCUCAUCAGACGCAUGCCCAAAACAUGUACGUUUGAAGAAGCGGCUGCACUACCGGUGAUUGCGGCUACUGUCGAGUACGCAUUGCAGCAGCUGUCGGCAGUGCAGGCUGGUGAAAAGGUCCUUAUCCACACCGCAACGGGAGGGGUCGGCUUGAUUGCCAUUCAGCAUUGCCAGCGCGUAGGCGCCACUGUCUAUGCAACUUGCAGUGGGGGGCCAAAGGAAGCCUACUUGAAAUCUCUUGGGAUUCAG